CUGCUAGCCGUCCUGCUCUGCUAUCCACUCUUGGGCUGUUUGUAGUUUUUCAUGUUUCCUUUCACUUUGCAGAGUACGUCGAGGAAUUCCCGGAACUUGGCUAAACGCUGUUUUCUAGACUUAUCGGAGGAUGGCCACUGCGCCACCGCAGCCUUCCCUUCAUAUGAGGUCUACAGAUCUGAUCAUAAAAGAGCCUCUGGACUAUGGAGGGUUCGGAGAGGUUUACCUGUGCUACCACGUUACCCUGGGCCAGGUGGUGUUGAAAACGAUGUACACGGGCCUUAUUCGGAACGAGGACAGAAAGAGGUCACUGCUGGAAGAAGGGAACAUUAUGGCAAGCCUGAACCAUGAGCGAGUGGUCAAGUUGCUGGGUGUGAUCAUGGAAGACAGAGACUGCUCAUUAGUCAUGGAGCUCAUUCCUAGAGGCAACCUGCUGGUCAUGCUAGAAACGGUCUCUGUACCAAUAUCAAUCAAGGGCAGAAUCAUCUUAGAGAUUUUGGAAGGGAUGAUGUAUCUUACAGAGAAACACGUCAUACACAAGGACAUCAAGCCUGAAAACAUUUUAGUGGACAAGGAUUUUCACAUCAAGAUUGCAGACCUCGGCCUGGCCACUUGUCAGACAUGGAGCAAACUCACAAAGGAGGAGUCCCGCAGAAAGAGUCAUGUGGGCCGUUCAUCUGGGACGAGGGGUGCUGGCACCCUAAGUUACAUGGCGCCUGAACACCUGGAGAGUGUCCAUGCAGCCUCCACGGAGAAGUCUGAUGUCUACAGCUUUGCAAUUGUAGUUUGGGUUAUCCUUACAGGCGAAGAGCCCUAUGCAAAUGCCAGGAGUGAAGACCAAAUCAGCCAGUGUGUGCGGAAUGGUAACCGACCACUGGAGAGCCUUAUUCCAGAGGACACGCCUGCAGAGAUAAUAAAACUAAUGAAAAGCUGCUGGGAUCCCAAUCCACAGCAGCGGCCAACAUUUAAAGAGGCCUAUGACUUCUUCCUACCAUUCUACAUGGAAAAGCUCCACCCAAAUGUAGAGAAAGAUUUAACAGACUUAAAGAUUCGGUAUGAGGGCCCAGAGGAACUUGUUGAAAAGAUGAAGUCUUUAUCCUUGACCCAUGAAAGUUUUUUAGCAGACUGCCCUGCUCCUUUGGUGAGCUCAGACAGAAGCGUAUCUGUGCCAGUCGAAGCGAGUAUCGAGGACCUGCAUGACAUCCAGUAUGAGGCACCUGUGGAGUCCCAAAUCCAGACGGAUGCGAGGCCCGGAGGCCCUUCAGCUUUGGAAGAGAAGCUGGAUCGAGAGCUUCAGUAUCAUAAAUAUGGUAGCUAUAACUGUGAAAACCAGCUUGAGUCUGCCAGUGGUUACCCAAACAGCUCCAAUCCUUAUAUGCAAAACCAGCUCAGCUCUUCAGAGUGCGGAAUCAGGCAGCCAGAACAAGAAAAGUCCUCUGUCCAGUCCUGGACAAAGGCUGAGCCGGUGCACCCCACCAGCCAGGAAGAAACUUGGUAUCGCCCUACUACUGGUCUUUAUGAGUCCAUGACCUCUUACGCACCAACUCCUUCCUCUUUGCCGACGUCUAUCAGCACCCCUUCUCUAUCACAGCUGAACCAGCAGCAUCCACAUUCCCAUUUUGACCGCCAGCAGUCAUGGCCAGUUUACCCAGUGUGUGAUAGUUAUGCUCCUGAUAUGACCACCGGACGUCUCUUGAACAGUUCCAAGAGUGGCUCAGCACAAGAUCCAGGAUCUCUCUAUAUUCAGAAUGCCAGUGGGAUCCAAAUUGGGAACAACAAUCUGCUGAGUAUCCGAGGUUAUGAGUCGUCCCAAGGUUUAUCUUUUACUACUAACGGCUUGGCUAACUCACUCAUCAAAGAAGCCAUUCAGAAAUAUGAGGAUCACGCUGUUACUGAGGAGCAUCUGGAUCUCCUGAGGGAAAACAUUGGGGCUAACUGGAAGAGUUGUGCACGGCGCCUGGGUCUGUCCACUGUGGAAAUAGAGACCAUUGAGCUAGACUCUUACCGUUACGGUCUGCCCGAGAUGGUCCACCAGAUGCUGGAGCGCUGGAAGAUGAAGGAGGGAAGCAUUGGCUGCACAAUUGGGAAGCUUUGUCGAGCUUUGGUUGGCAAAAUAAAGGUAGACAUCAUCCAGAAAAUACUGGACAGUUGCGAGACCUCCCCCUAAAUUUGUUCAGCUUUAUUUUUACACAGAUUUGCCAAAUAUAAGUACAAUUGCUUUAGGUUUAUAUACUGUACUCUUUUUAGACGUUGCCUGUAAUUACUGACUUUUCAAUCCACUGAAAAACUAUGAUGAAAAUAUAUGUGCCUUUUUUAAUGGAAGAAUAUGCAUGUUACUAUGAUUGACCAUAGUAAUCAGCAUGAAUCAGUUUAAUGAGGAAAUUUUCAUCAGUACAUUUCUUAACACUGUCUGCUCAUCGUUGCAAUAUAUUUAAUGUCAACACUGUCAAAUAUGUGUCCACCAGAAUGCCUUUACAGAAAAGCUUUAACAGAAUGAUGAAACUGUGCUCAGAGACAAUCAAGUAUGUGGUUAUUUAUGGACAAGGUCUCAAUAAAUCUCAAAACAGCAAAACAUUUAUAAGGUUGUACCCCAAAAAAAAAAAAAAAAAAAGAAAAAUGACUAUUGUAUAAAAGCACAAAAAUCAUUGUUCAGGAUUUUAUCAGUGUAUGCCUAGUACUAUAAGUAGGUGUGUGCAAAGGGGCUCAAUACCAUGACAGUAUUUGUAUGUGUUAAUCAAAAGUAAUUCCUAUUAUGUUGACUUUUUUCUAUGAAUUUACUUUCCUAAAAAACAAUAGUUAAACUAACAUGCAUGAAUUUCUAUUGAGCUGCUGGUUGUACAUGUUCAUUUUGUGUAUUAGAUGAAGUCUGAUGAUCCUGAUCCUUAAUAGUUACUUUUCUUGCCAACCAAGAAUUACUUUAGUCCGUUACCUGGGUAUAUGUUUAGUCUCAGUAUGAAGUUGAAUGUGACGUCUGCAAUAUAAUGAGUGGUGUUCUAUCAUUACAGAAGCCUGAUGUUUGAUAAUUGUAUGUAUUAUAUACAUUGAUACAUAGAAUUCAAGUGUCUUUUAUUGAUAUUUUCUUACAAGAGCUUCAUCUUUUGGUGGGAAACUAUAUCAAGGCUGUAUCGUACGUGAUCAGGCUACACCAAGUAGUUAUCCAUCAGCUGGUAUCCAGUAGAAACAAUUCUGACCCUGUCAUAAAUGCCAUUUACUGUCUGUUUAACCUACUUUUUGUUUGUUUUUAAUAAAAAAAACACUAAACC